AUGGUCAAAUUCCCUAGUUCCUCGUCCGCCUCGGCGGUGGUGCUCGCCCUCCUUGCCAGCGCACCCUCGCCGGCACAAGCAGUCGACGUGACGGUCAGCCUCGACUAUUCGACUUAUAUAGGCACAGCACAGUCGAGCACGGGGGUCACUGAAUGGCUCGGCAUCCGUUUCGCAGCGCCGCCCCUCGGGGACCUUCGCUUCGCGCGGCCUCAGGACCCCGCGGUGGUCAGCACCCCACAGCCGGCUAACCAGCAUGGCAAGGUUUGUCUCGGCACCGGCAAGCCGUCAAAUGCAACCGACACCUCGGAGGACUGCCUGUUCCUAGACAUCUAUGCGCCCAGCAACGCAACCACGGCGUCCAAGCUGCCCGUCUUCUUCUUCAUCCAGGGGGGUGGCUUCAACGAGAACUCCAAUGCGAACCUCAACGGCACCGGCCUGGUCAACGCGUCUGGGAACAACAUCAUCGUGGUCACCGUCAACUACCGCGUGGGCCCGUACGGGUUCCUGACCAACGGGGAUGAGCUGCAGCUGAACAAUGGGCUGUACGACCAGCGCAAGGCCAUGGAGUGGGUCCAGGACUACAUUGCGCAGUUCGGGGGGGACCCCGGGCAUGUGGUCCUGGGCGGCGACUCGGCCGGGGCUGCGAGCAUCAGCCUGCACCUGGCCGCGUUCGGAGGGCGUGACGACGGGCUGUUCCACGCUGCCGCCGCGGAAUCGGUCUCGUUCGCGACCGUCCUCACGGUCGAGGAGAGCCAGUACCAGUACGACAACCUUGCGCUGCGGCUGGGGUGCGUCGGCAGCUCCCACGAAUCCCUGGCCUGCCUGCGCUCCAAGACUGCCGUGGAACUCCAGGACGCGAACUACAACAUCCCGUACCCUGGCGCUGCGUCUGAGCCGCGGUACAUGUACAACCCGGUCAUCGAUGGGGACCUGAUCCGGGAGCUGACAUACACGGCCUUUGCGGACGGGAACUUUGUCAAGGUGCCCAUCAUAGUUGGCGACGACACCAACGGCGGGACCUCCUUCGCGCCCCAGGACACCUCGACCCUCGCACAGAGCAACGUGUGGAUCCGGAACCAGUUCCCCUACGUCACCCUGGAGCAGUUCGCGGCCAUCAACGAGCUGUAUCCCAACCCCAACGACACGUGCCCCAACGUCGGCUGCUACUGGCGCCAGGCAGCGGACACGUACGGGGAGAUGCGCUACAUGUGCCCCGGGCUGUACGUCACCGCCGCCUAUGUCGACUACGGCGUCCCGCAGAGCUGGCAUUACCGGUGGAAUGUCGAGGACCCGGCGCAGGUUGCGGCGGGCGAGGGCGUGCCGCACACGGUCGAGUUGAAUGCCAUUUUUGGGCCGCUCAACACCAACAACAACUCGCCGCUCAGCUACUACGCCAACGGGACCAACGCGUACGCGGUGCCGGUGGUGCAGGCAUAUUGGACCAGUUUUAUCAGGUCGUACGAUCCGAACACGUACCGGCUGAACGGGACGGCAGAGUGGCAGGCGUGGGAUGACAAGACCCAGCAGCGGAUUCUGUUUGACACGGGUGGCGCGACAAGCAUGGAGAGCUUGGCGGGCUCCGAACUGAUGGCGAGGUGCGACUACUGGUAUGGCAUCGGGGUGGACAUUCGUCAGAAGAGGUCAAUCUAG